AUGUCCGUAGCGGAAACAUUUAUCGAGGAAGAUGGUUUUGGGCUCGUUCCCAGGCCAGAUCGUAAUAAAUAUAAUAAAUCAUUCGAAAUUGUUAGAAGAUACACAAUGACGAACAAACACAAAGCAUCGGUGCAGUUGAUAUCUUGGGGCGCUGGUAUUCAAGCUAUUAAAGUUCCAAAUCAGUCAGGAAUUUUAGGUGAUGUUGUUUUAGGAUUCGACGAUAUGGAGGGUUAUUUGAAGAACAGGUACAUAGGAAGCAUAAUCGGACGAGUGGUGAAUCGCAUUUCUUGUGCCAAAAUGAGGAUUGAAAAUAAGAUUUACUGUUUAUCUCCGAAUGAUAAAAAUGGCAUUGACCAUUUCAACGGUGGCUUCGUUGGAUUUGAUAAUGUUAAUUGGAAUUCUUGCAUAAUGAAGAAGCAUGUGGUUAUGUCUCACGUAAGUCCAGCAAAAUACGAAGGAUACCCAGGGGAUAUGUUAACGCAGAUUAAAUACUCUUGGACCGACGAUAAUCAACUUCUUAUGAAUAUUCGUGCUACUGCUACGCAACCAACCCCUGUUAACAUUGCUUCUAAUUGUUUGAUGAAUCUCGCUGGUCAUGCUGCUGGUUCACGCGAAUUGAAGAAACAUCUAAUUUCGUUGAACGCAGAUAGCUGGACACCUGCGGAUAUUAGGAACAAUCUGCCGACAGAUGCUAUAUAUCCAGUUGAUCGUACAGUGUUCGACCUACGUUUACCGACUCAGUUAACCAAGAGGCGGCUUUACAUCGUACCAGGGGGUGGUUACAAUCAAAAUCUCUGCAUAAAUAGUCCCAGCAGUUGGUCUUACCGAUUUCACGCUAGAAUAAUUCACCCUGGUUCAGGAAGAACUUUAGAAGUAUAUUCGAAUCAUCCAGGACUACAAUUUUCCACCGGAAACGAUUUGCCAGAUCCUGAUUGUAAUUAUCCACCUGAUUUUGAGGAUUACUGCGAUUGCACGGAUAAUGAGCCGAAAAUAAAAGAGCAACGGAAAGAAAUUUGGGGGAAGGAUGGUGUACGAUAUCAAAGGCACGGUGGGUUUAUUUUGUCGCCACAAAACUAUCCCGAUGCGGUCAAUAUAAGCAAUUUUCCUUCUUGCAUACUUUAUCCUGGCCAGGUUUACGCACACGAUGUAACAUAUAAGUUUGGUUUAUUGUCAGAAAAUUUAGACAUGCCCACUUGA